AGAAGAACGAAAGCUCAGGAGCAGUUAGAAAGUCGACUUAACGUAAACGAUAUGAUGAUAAUGGAGAAGAUUUUCAUGCCAUCGAACGUUAAGAAACAUAUGUCAAUGAACAGGGAAGAAUUUAUUGACAAGAUCUUCACGGCACUUGGAUAUGGUGAGAAGGAAGAGUAUGGAGAGCUGUUUGACAAAAUCGAUGCAAAGCGGGACGGUUUUGUCAAUUGGGAUACACUGACCACAUUCAUGAUGUUCGAACUCUACAAGAAAGAAGAACGAGUGAAAUGGAAUCUAGUCCCUCAAUGGAAAGAGAUUAAGAUCUUUUCUUCACAACAUAAGGAAGUUAUCCGAAGUAUUGUCUACCUGCAGAGCUCCAAACGAUACCUGAGCAUGAGUAAAGACGGUUAUGUGAAUGUCUGGGAAGAGAAUUUGAAUCUUCAGGAGACUUUUCGAGUUGUCACUGAUUCGGUCAGAUUGCGGGACCUCUGUGCAACUGGCAUGGUUUUCCUCGCCAAUGUAAGCAAGAUAGCAGUUGGAUUUACCACUAAGGAGAUUUGCUUCUAUGACAUUAAUUCCAAAGACCAAUUCCCUUGCCAAUAUAAACUUGAUGGCUUGCGGUAUACUCCGAUCUGUAUGCACUAUUGGUAUAAUCCCGAAGAUGGCAAUGAGGCAAUUCUGACCUUUGGAGACGGCUAUGGAGGGGUCAACGCCAUGUGCUUUACCACAGCCUUAACUUCACUGUUUGAAAAAUCAGCCAGUUCAACAGAUGAGCAACAGGCAACUGUCGCUAUUACCUGGAAACAUUUGGUUAAAAGACAUCACAAAUGCUGCUUCAUUUUACAUCACAGAGAACAUAACAGAGAAUGGGUCAAACAAGUGAGCUACAGCCUGAACUUGGAUGCUUUCAUUUCCUGCUCUACAACCGGCACCAAAACAUUGGUCCUAGCCUGGAAGGAUAGGGAAAGGAUGACACUUAGAAUCACUUCUGUCCUUGCUGCUCAUGGCAUUAAUGGCUUUGAUUACCAUUCUGGACUCAACUUAAUUGCCUCCGCAGGUGCAGAUAACCAGGUCUUUCUCUGGAACCCUUACGUCAUCUCUAAACCUGCCGGAGUUCUACAAGGUCACGUGGCUUCUGUGUUAGCUGUCCAAUUCAAUGUUGCACGGAACCUGCUCUUUAGUUUUUCAAAGGACAAGGUUUUGCGAGUUUGGGACAUUCAACAUCAGUUGUGUAUCCAGCGUCUUUCUGGCGUGUUUCCAAAGCUCCUGAAAUUCCAUUCAGUUCUAUUCUUUGAUGAACCCCACGGGCGACUGUUCACCACUUUUAACAGACAGAUGUCGAUGCUGGAGAUGAAGCAGGAGUCAGCUAAACAUGGGACAAGCCACAAAAGCCCAGUUACCUGUGUGCUUUAUGAUUCUUCCUGUAAACAGGUUAUCAGUUCGGACACUGCAUCCACUGUUACAGUCUGGAUGAUUGAAACUGGUCAGAAAGUUAAGCAGUUUACAGAAUGCCAUGGUGAUGCUGAGAUCACCACAAUGGCACUGAAUGAGACUGAGACAAGGCUUUUCACUGGAAGCACUGACGGCACAGUGAAGGUUUGGGAUUUCAAUGGACACUGCCAUCACAAACUGAAUGCAGGGAGGGAUAAUGCUGUUGAUAUCUCCCAGAUCCUGCUGAUAAAAAGGACAAUUCUAGUGGUUGGUUGGCAAAGGAUAAUCACUGUCUUCAGUAUGAACAAUUUCACCGAGUUUUUUGUUCAACCUAUGGAAUGGCAUGGGGUCACAGAACACCAAGAUGACAUCUUUUGUGCUGCAUUCUUACCCCCUCAAACCCUUGCAACAGGAAGUUAUGAUGGAGAUAUUGUAAUAUGGAAUAGCAUUUCAGAAAAGGCAUCAGACACGAUUGCAGAGAGCCAACAUCAAGCUCAACCUCUUUCCUCCACCGAUUCAAACGCACGUUCAAUUCCUUUGACUGAUCUCAGCAACGAGGACAUUGAAUGGGACUGCAGAACUACACGGCUAUUUUUCUUGGUGGCCAGGACGAGCAGGGCUUCGGGGGCUGCCAACCUGGUGUCCUCUUGCAGUUAUGGUGUCGUUCGCUUCUGGAAUACCUUGGAUAACCAACUGCUGGCAGAGUUUAUUGCACAACCCGAUGCAUUGUCCAUUAUUAUGACGGUUGAUAAAACAAAUCGGUACCUUAUCACGGCAGAUGUGACCGGCUGGAUUAAAGUUUGGAACAUUCAGGAAUACUGUUUAUUUCUCAGCAAGAAUAUUGUUAGCCAGCCUCCGCCAUUGGUGGCAGCGGUACGACCUCACAUAGAUAAUAUCAAUCACCUUGAAACGUGCGUAAAAGAUGGCUGUUUGCUGAUUCUUUCUGCAUCUGCUGACUGCAACAUUGCUGUCAGUAAGAUUGAUGGAAUAGUGAUUGGUGUGUUUGGACAGGAUGAACACUGGAGAAUCCACGAGUGUUUAUCCCCGACUAAAAUGAAGAUGUUACUGAAAGAGGAAACAACGCUAGACCAGGAACAGGUGAAAGAAGAAUCAUCUUUGGUCAUUCCCAAACACAGACUGGCCAUACUUGAGGAAAUACUAGAUCUAGAUAAAAGGAUCAAUUGGAAUAGCACAAUUUUAGGCAAAACAUAUGCAGAACGCAGAAGUCAAAGAAGGAAAAAGCCCCAUCCAUCCUCCAACAAAAUAGAAACAUCUAUUGGAAUUUACAGUUCUCUACACAUGGAAGACUUGGAGAAAGUCACGUAUGUGACCAAACCAGCCAUUCUGGAGAACCCAGAUAAAUACUUUGACGUUGAAAAGAAAGAGUCCAGUACUGAAAGGCUGAAACUUCCCACACUUUCUGAAACUCUGAAAGCACCUUUUGAUGAGAGAAGUCUCUUUCCGAAAGAAAUCCUGGAGUGUGAAAACAGAAUGAAGCGGUUAAGCAGUCAGGUUUCUAGCACAGAACUGCUCAACGUGCACAAAAAUUCCUUGACAGUGAGAAGCAGGACACAGCUGGAACCCAUCUCGAAGCUCAAAUUGGGAAAAGAGUUCAAUAAUUUCCUUCCAAAUUAGAUGUGUUUGCAGAUGGGAAAGGACAUUAAGAUUAAAAUACCUCGACACUCCAUCCAUUGUGUUUGUGACAAUAUGAUGAUACCUAUAUGGUAAUGAAAGCAGUGUUUUAUUUUGUGACUGAUUUUACCACAGUGUUAAAACACCUGAAGUUGGAAGCUAGUGUAUUAAUCAUUUUCUCAAUAACUUGGAGCUGUGACCCUAAAGGGCCUUUUAAGGUGAGAGUAUUGUAAUGUUAAGACAUGUGAAAAAAUGUUCUCAUUGAUAUAAAUUGUCAGCUUAAGAGUAGUUUUGGAUUUUUGAAUUUGUUUGCUUUCAGUUUUAUAAAAUCACCCAUGAUUGAAAUGAACGGAACAUGAUAUGAUCAUAAAAAGAACUACAUUUUUGGACUAUAGAGUAUGGAAAAAUACUGUAAUUAUAUCACACUAUUUAUUCGAAUGCCUUUGACAUGUUUU